UGUUGACAUGUGCUGUCUUUUGUAUUUGUAUAAGUUUUACUGAAUUCCAAUAAUCCCAACUUCAAGAUGAAAGUAACUUUAGCUCUUAUGUUAAAGAAAUAACAAUUACACUUCCAGAUGGCAAAUCGAAUUUAAAACAAUAGCUCAGAACGCUAUAAUUCUAUACAACGCUGGCGGGGGCCGGGGCUCGGACUUCCUGGCCGUGGAGAUCUUGGAGGGCGUGGUUCGCGUGAAGAUGGCUCGCGGACAGAUCGUGCAUUCCGUCACAGUCAAUGACGGCCUCUGGCACAAGAUGCAUCUGUCAUUCUACCCCUCCAUGAUAGAGCUGACUGUGGACAACAUAGCCAUGCACACGCGCAUCGAGAGCGGCGGCACGCGCUACCUCGACCUGUCCGACUCCUUCUAUCUCGGCGGCAUUGAGAGCGAGAAGCAGCAGAGAGCCUUCACGAAAGGGAUUAAGGCAGCCGAUUCUAGUAUUAUGGGAUGCAUUAAACCGAUAGAAGUUGACGAAAAGCUGUACGGUCUCCCGAACGCGGUGGUGACGUACGGCGUGAGUCCGAAGUGCGUGUGGUGGUACCCGUGCCACGCGAGCCCCGGCAACCCGCCGUGCGGGCCGCGCGCCGCCUGCCACCAGCACGGCGUCGACCACUUCACCUGCAAGUGCGACACCGACCUCUGCAUCAAUCCCGACUACGCCGAAAAGUACAAGGUGUUUUCAAAAUCGAGUAGCGAACUGGAACUAGUAGCAUUGUUCCCACUGACGGUUCAAGAGGGCGGAGUAUCAGUGAUUACAACGCAGAACAUCGACGUGGUCCUCGACCACCACAAGUACGGCGUGCGCCCGUCAGGGGUUGUGUUACAUGUCGCGCAGUCGCCGCAACACGGACGGAUUGCGGUUGACUUAUCGCUGCAGAGAAACUCGCAACAGUACAACUUCAUAGAAGGGGAGAGCAAGUCCAAACAGUUUUUUACACUGCUUGACUUGUCAAGAGAUAAGGUCCGUUACGUGCACGACGGCUCCGAGAACCAUCAGGACGCGAUCGUCUUAGACAUGGAACUGAUCCCCGAGACGAAGUUCACACUGCCGAGCUACCUGCAAGGACGGAACACGUUUGUGUUGCACGUGAACGUGACGCCGGUCAACGACCCGCCCGUCUUGAAUCUCUUGCCGGGAAAGGUUCUGAGACUUACUCAGGGCACGCGCAAGGCAAUCACUUCAGAUAUACUGAAGGCGGAGGACCCCGACACGGCGCCCGAGGACCUGCUCUACACCGUGCUACACGGGAAGAAUGAAGCUAACAGCGGUCACAUAGAGAUGUCGGGCCAGCCGGUGGACUCGUUCACACAACAAGACAUCGACUCCGGCGUCAUAUCGUACGUGCACGGAACGAACAACGAGAAGCAACUCAACAAGACCUCCCUCAGAUUGACACUACAAGUAUCUGACGGCAUCGAGACCAGUGGUCCGGGCAUCCUGCGUAUAUCCAUAGUGCCGCUGCAAGUGCGCCUGGUGAACAACACCGGCUUGCAGCUCGUACACAACUCGUACGUCAUCAUCACCGCUGAUAACCUCACCUUCACUACCAACGCUGAUGAGACCAACGUGCCUGUCAAGUAUGACAUAGUAAAACCACCCCAGUUCGGUGUGGUGGAGCGACUGCGAGUGUUGGACGGCACGUGGCAGACCGUGGACUCCUUCACAAGUGAAAUGGUGACGUUCGGCCGAGUCAGAUACAUGCACUUACUGGGGAACCCAUCGCAUGACGAGUUUAAGUUCAAAGCUUCAGUUGGCACAAUACGAACGAAUACCCUUUACGAUUUUCGACUUACAUUCAUAAAACUCGAACUUUACCAAUCAGUGAAUGAAGAACUUGUAUUAAACAACACAAGAGAGGCUUUCAUAUCGUCUCAGCAUCUCAAGUUCAAGACUAAUCCUCUCGCAUUGCCAAGUGAUCGCGUGAUCUACACGAUACUGAGGCCACCCAAGUACGGCAUACUGCAUCUGUCGUCAGGAAAACAUCAUCUGCAAAUGCACAACACAUUCACACAACAGAACAUUGACACUGAUCAACUAUGGUAUCGAUUACACAGAAGAGCUUACUCUCAUAUACAAGAUGAGUUUACAUUUGUCGUGGGGGCUACGGAGUGCGAAAACAUAACGGGUGUUAUGACUAUACGACAUACUCCUGGUACUAUAACAUCAGACCGGUCUGAAGGACGUGUGCACACCACCUUGGAGCGACUACAAGUCACAGAAGGAUCCAGGAUGGUCAUCCCCGCAACUCACUUAAACUUCCGAACGGAUGCUGUUACUAAUCUCAUUUUUAACAUCACUCACUUACCCAGACACGGCAAAAUCGAAGUGAUCAACGAUAUCCUCAAAAUUAUGAGAGAUAAUACGACCUAUUUUACAUUAGAAGAACUGAAUUCUGAUCGAGUAUAUUACGCUCACGAUGAUUCCGAAAGCAGACAUGAUUCGUUCCACUUCAUGGCUUUGAGUCCCGAGCCUGAGGAUUUCCAAUACGUCGGCGUGUUUCACAUCGAUAUUAUAUUGAAGAACGACAACAGCCCUGUGAGAGCAAACGAUAACGUGUUUCACAUUGUCCACGGCGGGGCGAGACUGAUAACUGCUCGGGACCUGAGCUAUACCGAUGCAGAUUUAGAUACGAAACCAUCUGAUAUAAUCUACACUGUUCAGCGAUACAUCAAAGAUCCUCCGAACGGUGGAAUUUUUAGAGCUGACAAUCCCUCAGAGCAAAUAGCGCAAUUCUCUCAAGAUGAUAUCAAUAAAAACUUAGUGUUGUUCAAGCAUCAGGGUAAAGAGUAUGGCAAGAUGGCUUUCUGGAUUUCGGAUGGAUUGUUCGAUGUAAACGGCAACCUGGAGAUACAGGCUUCCCCGCCCUUCAUAAGAAUGUAUUCGACUAACGGGUCCAUCGUGGAGAAUGGGAAAGCAGUUGUAAUUACUGCCAGAGACAUGCAGGUUGACACGAACAUGAACUGCCUUGAAGAAGACAUCCGUUAUGAAGUAACACUGGAACCGAAACACGGUACUAUAGAAGUCGGCGAGGGACAGGGAGCAUACACCUUCACUCAGCUGGACGUAGCCGCGGGCAGAGUGUCGUACAGACAUCGGGAACCGAAGACACCCACUGAUCAAUUCAGGUUCAAAGUGAUGUGUCUGGACACUUGGGGCGAGGGUGUGUACAUGAUCAAGAUAUUCCCCUCCAGCUACUGGGAACCGCUCCGCGUGACCACUAAUAGGCCUCUCAUUGUGGAAGAAUCGACCAGUGUUAAUGUCACCAGGGACAUAUUAGAGGUGAUGCAUCCUCAAAUCGAACCAUCAAAUAUCGUGUACCAAGUAACAGACGGGCCCUACCACGGCUGGUUAGAAAUAACCACAACACCGGGCACUCUCGAGCUGGAGAACUACAACGAAGAACCAGUUCACAUCAAGGUCUUCGACCAGUCCAUCAUCAACGCUAACCGACUAGUUUACGUCCAGUCCGGCGUCAACAGGACACGAGACAGGAUUCGAAUGGACGUCACCAACGGAAUCGUGUGGCUUCGAGACGUAGAGCUGAACGUAGUUAUAAUCCCGGAACAUUUUUACGUGGCGGCAUCGAACUUGACCGUCGUUGAAGGCGAGGCGGUGAGCGUCAAACCAGAUUUGUUCAGAACCGUCACGGAGUUCUACAGAGGGAAAGUCGUGGCUUACAAAGUAGUCGAGAAACCUAAGUUUGGAAAGAUUGUGAUGGCCGAUCAGGAGCUCAAUCUCUUACCUGUAUUGAAACUCAAUUCUGGAAACAUUCAGUAUGCUAACGACGGGUCAGAGGAAUCAUCAGACUUGUUCAGACUAGUAGCCAUGACGGAGAACAGCAAGGAGAGCGAGCCGUUCGCCGUCCACAUAAACAUAGUGCCGGUGAACGACGAGCCGCCGAUAGUGGCCGCCAACACGGGGCUCUGCGUCUGGGAGGGAGGGACCUUCACCUUCACCACCAAAGAGCUUUAUGUGAACGACAUCGACACGCCUCCCGAAAACGUGACCGUCCGCGUGGUGGACAUCGUGUCCGGAUACAUCGCCAUGCGCGGCAGCCUCGACACCGCCGUGCAUCGGUUUACUCAGCAAGACAUCGACAACGGGAAAGUUGUGUUCGUGCACAAAAAUGGCACAAAAGGCAAAAUGAUUUUCAACGUCACCGAUGGACUGCACGAAUUGUCGAAAAUCACCUUCCUUAUAACCACCAAAUCCGUCUCAUUGAAACUAUCAAGAAAACAAAACUUGCGCGUGUUUCCGCUCAUGAGAGAACCUUUGAACAAUUACUUCCUCAUGUCCAAGUGCUCUGACCCUACGAGGACUAUCAUUUAUAAAGUGGAUAGAGCGCCAACUCUCGGCAGACUUAUAAUGUUAAACGGAGAAAGCCACCAUCGAUCAAUAAAACAGUUUACACAACAAGAUGUCAACAAUUCAGCGGUGUUUUAUGAGCAUACUCACCCAUUCUCUGAUUUAUACACAAACGACUCGUUCAUAUUCACAGUGGAAGCUCCGCUAGCCAAACCACUGACGGACCAAAUAUUCAACAUAGAUAUAUCCGUGUCCUCUGGUGGUCUUGCCAAGUACGUCAACAUACCCCAAAUUAAAGUACAAGAAGGUGAUAAAGUGCCCAUUAAGGUGAAUGUGAGUAACGUCAUCACGUAUUUAGAGACUCAGGCAGGAUUGAGGCAACCUCAGAUAGAAGCGCAGUGGUCUCAGCCGUCUCAUGGUGAACUGAAACCAUUCAUGUCAUCGCUGACGCAGUCUCAAAUAGAAAGCGGAGUCGUCAACUACGAGCACGACGAUUCCGACACCCUUCAGGAUAAAAUCGACAUGUCGCUGUAUUUACUACCAGACUACGUCCUGCUGUGCAACGUUACAAUACCUAUCCAUAUAAUUCCGGUCAACGAUCAGCCCUUCAGAUUGCUCACAGACAGUCCACAAAUUCAAGUUGUACAAGGCGAGAAUUACACCAUCACUAAAAAUGAUCUGUUAACUGAGGAUGCCGACACGGGCCCAACCGGCAUCCUGUACGAUAUCAUCAGUGGCCCAACGCAAGGGCGGAUGGUAAUGCUUGACAAAAAUCACACUGUCUAUGAAGCACAUUCGAUUAACAAGUUCACGCAAGACGACAUUAACAACGGCAGAGUUAUUUACGAACAUUCUGGAAUUCUACAAACUGCUACUUUCUAUUUCCGGGUUUGGGAUGGACAGUUCAAACCGACGUAUACAGUUUUCACAAUAGACGUGUUGCCGGUCAUUCUAAAUGCUACGUCUUUGCAUCCUAUAUACCUACAACAGGGCUCAAAUGUAGCAGCAGUAACCACGGAACAAAUAUACGUAGAGACAAACGCAAAGACAUCUAAAGUUCUAUACAAUAUCACUCGUCAGCCCCUCCACGGUAUGAUAUACAUAGGGCGAAAUCCGGUGUCAUACUUCACUCAUAGAGAUUUGAUGGAGAAAGUUGUGAUAUACAUGCAAAAUGACAUGACGACUGCCAACGACAGCUUUGAUCUAAUAGCGUACGUGCACAACAGCAACGCAACCCGUCCAUUCACCAUUGAGGUUAUAGUUCAACCUUUGAUGGCACUCGGAGAUCUGCGGGUCGAAAUCGAAAAAGCCAAGAUAACACUGAGCACCAUGGAUGCAACCGGACUCGCCAAACUGACAGCCAGUGAUCCUGUGUACACGCUGUUGAGGAAGCCAAGGUUUGGUAUGAUAAAGAAGAUUAUUAGAAGUUCUGGUGAGAAAACAAGCGCCAGAGAAAGAGAGGUGGCGUACUUCACUCACGAGGACGUGAAAGCCGGGGUCAUAUACUUUGUGACCAAGAAGAAAGUGAGUGAGCUGAAUGGAUUUGAGGACAGCUUCAGGUUCCUGCUGGCCGCCACGAUCUUUCAGCCGGCUGUUGGCGACGUCAAGAUCUACAUAGGCAACAGACAGAAGAAGAAUCUUCCCGGACCGAAUGACCCAGAGAGCCAUGAGGGUGUUCCGGUGGCUAACGGCGAAGCGGCGUCCUACUAUAUGAUGAUCCUGAUGGCUCUAUCGGGCACCGUUCUUGCCAUCAUCGUGAUAUUCGGGCUGCUGAAGUGUCGGCGGUACCUGAUGCGGGACCAGAACGCGCUGGUGAAGAUCCACGGCCAGAGCCAGGGUGCCGUGGCUCCCAUACCGCUGCCGAGACCGCCCGACCAUCUCAUGCCCUCGCCCUCACAGGGCACGCCGCCUAUUAAACGCUACGUAUCGUCGGAGCAGUCAGUGCAGACCGGCGCGAGCACGCCGCUGCCGUCGGGCGGCAGUGUGGCCUGCAAGGUGACGCCGCUCGCCGACGCCGCGCUGCCCGACCUCAACGCCAGGUACCCCUACGGGACCGACGAUCAUACUGACUACGGGUCGUUGCAGGCGGAGGACUGGAGCAGCUACGAGGCGAGCGAGUCCGCGUUCCCGGUGCGGGGCGGCGGCGCGCCCGCCAACCCCAUGCUGCGCCGCAACCAGUACUGGGUCUGACCCAAGGACACCUACACACUGCCGAGGCCGCCUAGACUAGUAACGGUGACCGCGCACGACAAGUGCGUCACACUGAACCGUCGCCUGCGGCGGCGCGGCGUCGACUUAGUUCCUACGCCUUUUCUACUUAGCAACUACACCGGGAAACAUGAGAGUUGCGAAAUUACCCUCUAAGUGAGUCGUUAUGUUGUCUCAUCAUUGUUGGCCCACUUUGGAGAAAGAGACGGUCAAUAACAUACACCUACCUAUAGGCAAAAAUGUAUUAGGGCAGUUAUGUACUAAUUAAAAUGUUUAACAGUAUUAAAACUUCAAACUUCAAAUAUUUAUUGCGAUCAUGAGUGGAUACAGAUGUUAUAAAACUUAAAGGUACAUACAUGAUACCCUGUUAGGGCGCAGCAAUACAAUUACAGUACUUAUAGAAUUACUUACUCACUAAAUCUUACACACUAUUCUAUUUAUCUUAUA